AGCAGUGUAUUGUGGACCGUCGCGACGCCAACUCCACCGACACGUUUUCAACGCCGGUGCAUUAAAUCCCGUUUUACGCGAAAUCUCACGCGGGAAUUUUCACAAAAAAAUCAAAAAAAAAAAAAAUCCUGUGAUGUGAUUUACGAGAAAUGACAGUUUCCGAGUGUGGUUUUUCUUGGUGGAUAUAAAGUGAUGAACCAAAAUAAUGGAGCUGAUACGACGAAAUCAUUCAAAGACAAGAAUGAUUUCGGAAGGUUAAAUGCGGGGUGUUGUGAGAAGAAAAACUUCGCAUCAUGUUUAGAACACCUUUGAAAGGUGUUUUUUAUCAUAAAGAACCAUCAAGAUGUGUUGGUUUAUAGAUAUGAACAAAUGGUUACUUGGGUUUAUUUUAUAUUCUCUGUUAUUAUUGGAUUUCCUCAGUUUCGGACAAGAAAUCGACGUAGAUUCUAGAUUAGAAGAAAUCGAUUUAAACGAAUUCAAUGAAUUGAGCGCGUCGUUUCCACCAUUGGAAAAUCCGCCUGUUCAUUUCGUCACCGAAAACAACACAAUCGUAACAUCCCAAACGGGAUCUACAGCUUUAGUACCAUGUAUAAUAAAUAAUAUUGGCGAUGGGAUGGUAUCUUGGAUACGGAGGAAAGAUUACCACCUUCUCACUGUCGGUUUAACCACUUACAGCAGUGAUGACAGGUUUCAAGCUAUACAUUUACAGCAUUCAGAGGAUUGGACGUUACAAAUCAAGUUUGUGCAGCAGAGAGAUGCCGGUUUGUACGAGUGCCAAGUUUCCUCGCAUCCGCCCAUUAGCAUCUUUGUUCAGCUUAACGUAGUCGAGGCCAAGGGGGAGAUACAAGGUCCUUCCGAGAAGUAUCUCAAACCAGGAUCCGGGCUCAGACUGCAAUGCGCAGUUCUACAAAGCACCGAGGCUCCUUCGUAUAUAUUUUGGUACCACAACAACAGAAUGAUAAAUUACGACGUUGAUCGGGGUAUUAAUGUGACGACGGAUUUAACUGAAAAAAUAAGCGUUUUAACCAUAACAAACGCCGCGACGCGUCAUUCGGGGAAUUAUUCCUGCGUUCCCAGCAACGCGCAACCCGCAAGCACUUAUGUACACAUUUUAAAUGGUGAGAAUCCAGCAGCUAUGCAACAUGGUGGCCGAGGAUUGUCCUGGCUACAAUGCAGUCCAUCAUCUUGGUUAUUAUUAUCUUCUAUCAUAAUUAUUUGGUGCUAAUUUUCGGUGAACCAUGACUAAAUGUAAAGUGCUAAUAAUAUAAACAACAAAUUAAAACGGUUAAUUAAUAUGACUUUUAUCAAAAUUCGAAACUUUUCGAUCGGAUGAAAUACUUUUUCAUCUAAAUAAUUAUAACACCUGAUAAAGAUCGAAUGAAGGUUAUUAUGAAAGGUAAAUAAAGUUAAACACCUAAGCUUUCAAAACUAAUGAAGAAAACGUCCACUAGAUGCUGCUGAUGCAGAUAUAUAAUAAAGGUUAAUAGAUGUGAGGUUAUGAGGUUUAGUAGACGUUUUUAAAAGAAGAAGAAACAAUGUUUUUAUUGUAUAUAUCAUGGAAUUUUUAAUUAUUUAGAUGUAAAUAUAUUCCAAUCGCACUAAAUGUCAAAAAUUAACCUUAUAAUCAUCCAUAAAAUAAAAGAUAAAUUACAUAUUUUGAUCUAUUUGAAAUAAUGAACUCAAUUGUAAACUUUUUUUCCAAAAAUAUCCGUUUUUUCUACUACAUUUUAGUAUGAUUGGAAUAGAACAAACAUAUAGUGAAAUCGAUUACAGUAUUCGUAAACAACAACGUCGAUUUUUUUGACUCCAAUUGUACCCGUUAUUUUUACGCAAACAAUUUUUGCUUAUUCUAAUGUUUAUUCAACUGCAACGAGUAGUGCGACAUUAUAUUACACGAGGAUUGUUUGGAACAUUUUCAAUUUAACACGAAGAAAAAUCGAUUUCUUUCCGUAAUCAUUCUAAACAACUCCAUUUUGUGUUUGUAUCGUGAUGCUCCGACUUAAUUUAGAUACCGUAAGUAACUGUUCGUUAAAUGAAAACUAGCAUGGUGCUUUCGUUCGUAAUUCUUAAUCCAAAUGUACGUCAAAUCAAAACUAGCUGCGUUCUUUUGGGUUAAUCGAACGUACUCGUUAAUAUUCUUUUGUUUAUAUAAAAUCGAAAUGUAUAUGCUGCGUUUUGUAGCUAAUACUCUAGAUUUUCUUAAGUAAUUAUUUUCUUUAUUAUAUCAAAUCAAAAAGAGACUUUAAAUUAAACGUUUGUUAAAUGACAGUUGAUGUACUGCGUUCUUUUAGUAUUCACGCGAACGUGAUGCGUUCAUUUUGAUAUGUCUAAUCAGAACCGAAUUCCACGUUCUUUUGUUCACUUCCAAUCAUAAUUUUCCGCGUUCUUUUGUGCUCGUUGCGUUAAUUCCGCACGUCAAAACGUAGCUGCGUUCUUUUGGGUCAAUCGAACGGACUCGUUACGUUUUUUUUGUGAAAUUAGAACUAAUACUGUGUAUUUUGUCGAACAAUUCUUUUCAUUAUUAUGUCAAAUCAAAGCGUUACGUUCGGAUAGAAUCAGUGUUUGUUAAAUGACAGUUGACGUACUGCGUUCUUUUAGUAUUUACGAGAACGUGUUGCGUUCUUUUGGAUAUGUCUAAUCAGAACUGAAUUCCUCGUUCUUUUGUUCACUUCCAAUCAUAAUUUUCCGCGUUCUUUUGUGCUCGUUGGAUAAAAUCUAAUAUGGUGCAUUAAUUUAAUCAAUUAUCGACGGUUUUCAAUUUCAAAUUGAAUCGUAUAAGCUGCGUUCUUUUAGUAAACACAGUUGCGUUAAUUCCGCACGUCAAAAACUAGCUGCGUUCUUUUGGGUCACUCGAACGGACUGGUUGCGUUUUUUUUUAUAAAAUUAGAACUAAUUCUUUGUAAUUUGUUGAGUAAUUCUUCUCAUUAUUAUGUCAAAUCAAAACGUGACUUUAAAUUUUACAUUCGGAUAGAAUCAGCGUGAGUUUAAGUGUUUGUUAAAUGACAGUUAAUGUACUGCGUUCUUUUAGUAUUCACGCGAACGUGUUGCGUUCAUUUGGAUAUGUCUAAUCAGAACUUUUGUUCACUUCCAAUCAUAAUUUUCCGCGUUCUUUUGUGCUCGUUGGAUAAAAUCUAAUAUGGUGCAUUAAUUUAAUCAAUUAUCGACGGUUUUCAAUUUCAAAUUGAAUCGUAUAAGCUGCGUUCUUUUAGUAAACAUAGUUGCGUUAAUUCCGCACGUCAAAAACUAGCUGCGUUCUUUUGGGUCAAUCGAACGGACUCGUUACGUUUUUUUUGUGAAAUUAGAACUAAUACUGUGUAUUUUGUCGAACAAUUCUUUUCAUUAUUAUGUCAAAUCAAAGCGUUACGUUCGGAUAGAAUCAGUGUUUGUUAAAUGACAGUUGACGUACUGCGUUCUUUUAGUAUUUACGAGAACGUGUUGCGUUCUUUUGGAUAUGUCUAAUCAGAACUGAAUUCCUCGUUCUUUUGUUCACUUCCAAUCAUAAUUUUGUGCGUUCUUUUGUGCUCGUUGGAUAAAAUCUAAUAUGGUGCAUUAAUUUAAUCAAUUAUCGACGGUUUUCAAUUUCAAAUUAAAUCGUAUAAGCUGCGUUCUUUUAAUAAACACAGUUGCGUUAAUUCCGCACGUCAAAAACUAGCUGCGUUCUUUUGGGUCAAUCGAACGGACUCGUUACGUUUUUUUUUGUGAAAUUAGAACUAAUACUGUGUAUUUUGUCGAACAAUUCUUUUCAUUAUUAUGUCAAAUCAAAGCGUUACGUUCGGAUAGAAUCAGUGUUUGUUAAAUGACAGUUGACGUACUGCGUUCUUUUAGUAUUUACGAGAACGUGUUGCGUUCUUUUGGAUAUGUCUAAUCAGAACUGAAUUCCUCGUUCUUUUGUUCACUUCCAAUCAUAAUUUUGUGCGUUUUUUUUGUGCUCGUUGGAUAAAAUCUAAUAUGGUGCAUUAAUUUAAUCAAUUAUCGACGGUUUUCAAUUUCAAAUUGAAUCGUAUAAGCUGCGUUCUUUUAGUAAACAUAGUUGCGUUAAUUCCGCACGUCAAAAACUAGCUGCGUUCUUUUGGGUCACUCGAACGGACUUAUAAUUGUUGUAUUGCUGUCAAAUCAAAGCGUUACAUUCGGAUAGAAUCAGUGUUUAUUAAAUGACAGUUGACGUACUGCGUUCUUUUAGUAUUCACGCGAACGUGUUGCGUUCUUUUGGAUACGUCGAAUGAGAUACGUUAUUUCCUGAAAUAUGCUACACUGCAAUCGAUUUCGCGUCACAGUUUGUUGGUAAAAGUAUUUAAAUGAAUCGUAAUACAAAAAAAAAUUGUUUUAAUUAUUUAUGAUGUAUAUAUAUACAACUAAAUUGAAUGAAGAUAGAUUUUUGUAUACUUUCUGUAUUCGUAUUUAUAUGAUUCGCAUCUCAUUCAAAUAUUAUAUUCCAUAUCGCGUAAUUUUAGCUGUAUGUUACCGAAUAUCCAAAUCGAAUUCGAAUACAGAAAAUUCAUAAUGGAAAAUAGUAUAGAAAUUAUUAUUCCAACUUAUACAUGUAUACAUGUCAAGUUUAUUACUAAAUCAAUAAGAAAUUGAUAUAUUUCCGUUUUUAUUAUUUCAUUUUAUACAAUGUUGAUAUAAUAUGUUUUAUUCGAUUGUUGAUAAUCAUUGUUAUGUUAUUUCUAAAACGAAAUCAUGAUCAUGUACGUGUGCAAAAUAUUUAUUUAUUAAAAUGUACAAAUUUU